AUGUCCACAUUGGCAAAGAGUGUGGAGAAGAUGGGGAAGAGUCGGGGUAACACGCGCCGAGCGGGAUAUCCGAGCCAUGCGGCCACAACUUCUUUAUCUUUCAACGCCGUGAUCUUCAAUCGAUCAAGUAGCAACAUGGCGUGGACAAAAGCAGCUCAGUGGAUCUGGACCCCAAAGUAUCUCGAAGAGGAAAACCGGCCUGGGCGGUACUUCCUCUUCCGCAAGACCUUCCAACGGACUGGUCAGGCUGGGGGUGAAUUGCCUGUCCAUGUUUCCGCCGACAGUCGAUAUCGCCUGUUUGUCAAUGGCCAGCGUGACUUGUCACUCUCGACGGAUGAAUCGUGGAAAUGUCUCGAAGAGACCACCCGCCAGAUUAUUCCUCACCAAGAGUGGAAUUACAUUCUGGGUCCCCCAUUUCUCUCCAACAAUGAGCGAGUCUCUGAAAACCGGCAACUCGCGGGCUGGAAAUUCCCCGGCUUUGAUGACUCGGCUUGGGAGAGUGCCACCUUACAAUUCCGGCCAGUGAAAAUGCUUCCGGUAACAAGCCCAUGGAAACUUGCUCCACGUCCAAUUCCCGAGCUUCCCGAGCUGCCAGGUCAAUUUGAUGGAGUGGCUAAAUGCCAGGGCUCAAUUACUCAUGAGCAGUGGAGCGGGCUUAUCAAGGACAGUCGUUCCAUCACCAUUCCUGCUGGAGAGUCCGUCACUGUCGAUAUGGAGACCAAAUCCCUAACAACCGCAUUUGUGAACCUUCAAUGCGGUGGAGGAAAGGGAUCUGUGAUCACCCUACUCUACGCAGAAUGUUACGAGUUAGACCUCGGGGUGGAAACUGCUCCCUUCCCCAAGCCGCGAUCAAAGUCAAACCGCGCUGACUCCCGCGGCCGGCUCUACGGUAUGAAGGAUAUCUAUACCGUAGCCGAUGGUCAGCCCAAACAAACAUUUGAACCAUUCUGGUUCCGAGCCUUUCGCUACAUCCAGCUCCAAAUCACAGCCUCAGACCAACCAUUGAUUCUCGAAAGCUUCACUUUCCGUGAAACCUUUUACCCACUAGAAAUUUCCACCCGAGUUCAAGCUGGGCCAGAACUCGACAACAUCUGGAAGAUCAGCCUCCGUACACUACAGAACUGCCGCCACGAGACAUUCGAAGACUGUCCAUUCUACGAACAAAAUCAAUUUGCCUCGGAUUCACGGCUCCAGAUGCUUUUCAACUAUCAGAUUUCUUCUGAUGACCGACUUGCGAGGAAGACAAUCCAAGAAUUCCACGCGAGUCAAGGACCGGAUGGACUCAUCAAGGCUCAAUUUCCUGCAGGCUUCCGGAGUACACAAAUUCCUCAGUUUUCGCUAUAUUUUGUCGCCAUGAUUAAUGACCAUAUGCAUUAUUUCGCCGACUCGGCCCUUGUCUGCCGAUAUCUUAGCACUAUUGAUGGAAUCCUAAGCCAUUUCGAUGAGAGACUCAAUGAGCUUGGGCUCGUUGGCCGCUUUGAGGAUGAUGCCUGGCCAUUCAUCGACUGGGUCCCUGAAUGGUUUGUGCCGGGCAAGAUCUUUGAGUCGUGCAUGCCAAAAGCAUAUACAUCCACCGGCGCCGCGACUUUCAACAGUCUACUCUACGUCGUUGCUCUCAUGCAGGCAGCAGAGCUAUGUAAUUUCUCCGGGAGGCGGGAUACCGCGACCGAGUACAAUCAACGGGCAGAUGCCAUCCGAAAGGCUGUGAACACUCACUGCUACGAAGAUGGUCUAUACCUGGACGGACCUGCAGCCAAGGAGUACAGCCAGCACAGUCAAGUAUUCGCCAUUCUCUCCGAGAGUAUCACCGGGGCCGCAGCCCGUGAGCUGAUGUCACGAGCACUGGAGGAUAGCUCAUUAGCGCAGUGCUCGUACUCGAUGAAAUUCUAUCUCUUCCGAGCAGUCGAGAAAGUCGGUCUAUACACAGAACUAUUCCACUCACUCAUGGAUCCCUGGCGAAAGAUGAUUGCCGACAAUCUGACCACCUGGGCGGAGUUUGAGAAUAACGCCCGAAGCGAUUGCCACGGAUGGAGUGCAUCCCCGGUGCACGAGAUAGUCACACAGCUGUUUGGAGUGUCGCCGGCUCGGCCGGGGUUCAAGCGUGUUCGCAUCGCGCCGAAAAUUCGACUGCUAGAAAGCGCACGGGGCACCUUUUUCACGCCGGUGGCCGAUAUUACGGUGGGGUGGACAGCUGAUGGCAAUUUGGAGGUGGAGGCGACUGCUGACGUUGAGGCCGAGAUUGUUAUCGAUGGGUCUCCUUCAGUGCGUCAAUUGGAGGGUGGCAAAUCUUUUGUAUUCAUCAAGUGA